AAGAAACCGACGGGAAAAGAAAAGGCAUCAACUAUCUUGUGAUCGACGGAAGGAUAUUUUUCUCAGAAAUUUCAAAGCUCCUUUUUCUCAUUAAAAACAACGGUUUAAAUUCGAGAGAAUUUGCGGCUUGCGCGCCACGAAACGGAAAGCCCCUGUGACUGGAGUCUACACUUGUGUGUGCGAAGAAUAACGGCGGCAGCAGAUGAAGUCCAAUUGUAGUGCGUGAGCUUUUUCUUUUUCUUUUUUUUUUGGUUAAUUCUAGUUUCCGAUUAAUUAUCGUCACCGCCAUGGCGACGGUGAGGCGUCUUUCCGCCGCAGUCGCCACCUGCCGCUCCGCCGUCCGCUCCAAAGCCCUAGCUUCCUCUGCUUCCUCUCCUCUCCGGCCUUGCGAAUCUCCUCGAAUUCCCCCGCUUCCUCUCUUCAAUCGUCAUAUUCAGCAUGGUGGAGUAAACAAUACAUCAGAUGGGUUUUCAUCAAGAUCUCAAGUGUACAUUCCCGCUAUCUUGGCUGGAUUGCUUGGAUUCGGGUUCGUAGAUGUGGCAUUUGCAGAUGCAGCAGAGGAUCUCCCCAAGACUCCGUCGCCUCCAGUUUCUUCCCCAACUCCAAGCUAUAGUGAUCUCGAGAAAACUGCGAAGGAAUUAAGGAGUCGAAUUGAAGAGCUGCUUAAGAACAAAGGAAUGCAAUAUGGUUCUUAUCCUCAAUUUGUUGUAAGCAUCAAGGGGGAAAAGAUCGCAGUUAGGUUCCAAGUUCCUCCUGCUUGUGAAAUUCCAUUGUUGAUUGCAAACCUUGUCUCAAAUCUUGGGGUCAAGGUUGAUGACGGUGCUUCUGGAACAGCAAUGUUGUUACGGGCUUGGGACAGUGGCGUGGCUUGGCAAUUAACACUUAGCUAUCCAAAAACUGAACCUGGUCAAAGUCAUCCAGAAGCAAAAGAUAGCUCGAAGGAGGAUCUCUGUAUUCUUAUGUUCCGGCCUCUAGUUGGUUCUAAUAAAGCUGAAAUUGAGUUCAUCAAGGUAGGAAUUUUAACUCCUGACGAGCUUGAUGCUUUGGCUUCUGUUCUGCAAGUAGCUGGACAACAGAAAACUUUGGAAGCAAGACCAAAAAGUGAUGUCACACAUGCUCCUAAAAUCGACAGAACCAUUGCCAGUUUAGAAGCUAUGGGAGUGAGGAUUUUUGGGCUUUCUAAUUCUAAUAUUGAUCCAUCAAUAUGUAAUAUCACAUGGGACAACAUUGCUGGGUAUGAGGAACAGAAACGGGAAAUUGAAGAUACAAUUUUGCUAGUGAUCCAAUGUCCUGAAGUGUAUGAUGAUAUUGCUCGUGGAACUCGCUCUAAAUUUGAGAGCAAUAGGCCUAGAGCCGUACUUUUUGAAGGCCCACCAGGUACUGGGAAGACAUCUUGUGCUCGUGUAAUUGCUAAUCAAGCGGGAGUUCCCUUGGUGCAUGUGCCGCUUGAAGUGAUCAUGUCAAAAUAUUUUGGGGAAAGCGAGCGUCUACUUGGAAAGGUGUUUAACCUUGCCAAUGAGCUGCCUAAUGGGGCAAUAAUUUUCCUAGAUGAGGUUGAUUCUUUUGCAAUUGCUCGUGAUGGUGAGACACAUGAAGCAACUCGUAGAGUUCUAUCAGUUCUACUGCGUCAGAUUGAUGGAUUUGAGCAGGAUAAGAAAGUAGUCGUGGUUGCUGCAACAAAUAGAAAAGAAGAUCUUGACCCUGCUUUGAUAAGUCGAUUUGAUUGUAUGAUAUAUUUUGGCCUACCGGAUGAACCCACACGUUGUGAAAUCGCCGCUCAGUAUGCCAAGCACUUGACAAAAUCUGAACUAGCUGAAUUUGCUACUGUUACUGGAAAGUAAGUUCUUAUACAUUUUCAUGAUAAUAUAACACCUACUUUGACACCAUUCGAACAAAGAUUCUUUUAUUAUUGUAUGAUAUAUUGUGCAGAGAACUCCUAGGUAGAGAGUUGUGUUAGCAGCAUUGUGUUUUGGUACAGUUGCACCCUAGACAAAAUUGUAUCAUGUAGGGGCCUGCCAUAUAAAAUUAGAAAUUUCAUCUCUACCUUUACAUAGUUUCAGCAUUGUGGAUUGAUAUAAAGCAUAUAAGUUAAAUCUUAGUUGUGGAGAUUUUCUGGGGUUUAUUGAGAUAGUUUGACGCAUCGACAGAAAAAUUUGUUGUUAUUUCAGGAUGUUUGCUAUUUAACUGUGUUGACUGCUCUUGUAAUUCAGCAUGUCAGGUCGUGAUAUUCGUGAUGUAUGUCAGCAGGCAGAGCGACGUUGGGCUUCAAAGGUAGGAUAAUUUCAGUGAACUCUAAUCUGCAUCAGCUCCAUUAUUCUUUAUGGUUCUUGAAAAACCUAUCUUUUUCCUCUGAUAUGAUAGAUUAUACGAGGAAAAGCAAAUCAAACUGAAGAGAAACCAUCACUUCCACCCCUGAAGGAAUACAUUACAAGUGCAAUCCAUCGGCAACAAGCUCUAUCUAGUAUUGCACCCCAAAACCAACGCCCUAAUUCUGUAAAAAAGAAGCCGCAAUUUGAUUUUAUUUGAAGAUGAUGCUCAAAACAGUCAAGUUUGGUGCCAGUAGUUUAUCUGUAGCCAAUCAACUGAAGCUGCGUGAGGUAAUCUAUUAGUGUUUAGGAGCCUAAAACUGCAGGAGAAGUUGACUGAAGAUAUGCUUUUCUGAUCUUUGGAGAAGAGAUCAUUGUUGUAUAGAUUAACUGUUGUAAAUUAGGGAAGCAGUUUCGGUGGUUUUAUUCGCUGCAGUCAGCAUUAUUACAUUGACAAAAAAGAAUUAUUUAAUUUUCCGUUCCAAGUAAAGAGGGACAAAUGUUACUGGAAAAGUGGUGCAAAUGAUGCAAAACAAAAACAGACGUCAGCAAUCUAUUUGGAAAUCUUGAUAUAGCCAGCAUGAGUGGAGUUGGGGGACCUUAACCAAAGUACCCAAGUCAGGCACUAACAAACAUUUGGAAGACUCAGGCCGAUAGAAGAAGCCCACACACUUGCAGUCUUUACUGCACUGAUCCUUGCAUUGUGCUAGACCCACUGGCCCCAUUCCUUCGUUAUAAGUACUUGUGUAGGUGUUCUACUCCAUCAACUUUAUAGUAUUUAACAUUGGGCCCUCCUGCUUUGCAUCUGACACUCGGUUGUCCAUGGGCUAUCCCUCUCCAUCACCACGAAAGUUAUCUCCCAUGCACCCCAAUCCACAUUUUCGUAGUAAGUAUAUAUCCUUGCGUUACCAUCAGUGUCAACUCGAAGCAUACUGUAAGUGCUGUUGUAUUUCGGCCUUGCCAAAAUGAUAUUGAAGGUAAGCUCUAAGGCAUAGUCUUUCCCAUAUUCUGGCUCAUAGGUAAAACUUACAUCGUCCAGAAAAUUGAACAACAGCCUAGUGAUUAUGUUACUAUCUUUCCUGAUAAUAGACCAUGGUUCAAUUCUCACUAGGAGUUAUAAGGGGGGUUUCAUUGUAUUUCUCUUUAUUACUUUUCAUAACUAUCAAAAUAUAUUAUAUGAUCUUUAAGAAAAAUAAUAAUUUAUUUUCAAAGUCUAUUUUUCAUGUGCAACACAUGUUAUUUGGAUUGAGGGAUAAUUUUGUCAUUUUAAUUUUUUAAAUUUUAAUUUCUUUUUUUAUUCGUCUUUUUUUUAGAUUCUUUUUCUUAUAUUUC